AUGACCCUUGUGACCGUGACCUCUCCCGAGGGAAUGGAAUGCAUGAACAAUUUUGAAGCCAAAACUUUCUGGACGAGUGGCUCGAACGAAGAUGAAAAUUGCAAUUUGGAACACAAGUACGCUUGGUGCUCGACGGGCUUCAACAUGUCGAAAGAACUAAUCGAAUCGCAAAAACUUUGGUUGCCGCCCAAAAACGCGAUCCCUUCUGCCACGGAGCGAUGUUUGGCCGUUUCUAUUUCCACAAAUUCCUCGAAACAGGGCCUGGUGCACAGAAAGUGCGACGACGCCCUGCCCUUCAUCUGCCAGUAUUCCGUCGACUGCCCAAAGAUCUGCAUCCGAGACAUGGCGUGGCUAAACAGUUACCACCAGUGCUGUGCAUUGGGAAUGGAGGCGCUGAAUAUCGACAACGCAGCUGAGCAAUUGGGCCUUACUACCCUGGCCAAGGCAAACAAAGCAAACUGGACUGCGAAUUUCAAUUACUGGACCAGUGGCACGUGGAAGGGGGCGCCUGUAAACCAAUGGUCGUGGUGCGAGCCCAAUGGACCAACAGUUUUCGCAAAGGGUCUUGUUUGGGAACCCUCCCAGCCCGACAACAAAGGAGGGAACGAGACAUGCGUGCAUUUCCGCUUUACUUUGAAUUCCACGGGCACCAUCUUAACCGACCGCAACUGCACGAAUAAAUACAUAUACGCGUGCAAGAUUAUUUCUCUUAUGGAAACUGGUACGAUGGGUGUGGUCGGAACUUUCUUACUUACACCUCUAAAUUGGUAA